GUUGCUGUGAUUCGUGUUUCAAGUCUGGAGUUUGGAGAUAAUUGUCGCUAUGAUUCGUGGUUUGUCUGGAGUUUGGAGAUAAUUCCUGCGAUGAUUCGUGUUUUAAGUCUGGAGUUUGGAGAUAAUUAUCACUGUGAUUCGUGUUUUAAGUUUGGAGUUUGGAGGUAAUUGUCCCUGUGAUUCGUGUUUUAAGUCUGGAGUUUGUAGAUAAUUGUUGCGAUGAUUCGUGUGUUAAGUCUGGAGUUUGUAGAUAAUUGUCGCUGUGAUUCGUGUUGUAAGUCUGGAGUUUGGAGAUAAUUGUUGCUAUGAUUCGUGUUGUAAGUCUGGAGUUUGUGGAGAUAAUUGUAGCUGUGAUUAGUGUUUUAAGUCUGGAGUUUGGAGAUAAUUGUUGCUAUGAUUCGUUUUUUAAUUCUGGAGUUUGAAGAUAAUUGUUGCUAAGAUUCGUGUUGUAAGUCUGGAGUUUGUGGAGAUAAUUGUUGCGAUGAUUCGUGUCUUAAGUCUGGAGUUUGGAGAUAAUUGUUGCUGUGAUUCGUGUUUCAAGUCUGGAGUUUGGAGAUAAUUGUCGCUAUGAUUCGUGGUUUAAGUCUGGAGUUUGGAGAUAAUUCCUGCGUUGAUUCGUGUUUUAAGUCUGGAGUUUGGAGAUAAUUGUUGCGAUGAUUCGUGUGUUAAGUCUGGAGUUUUGAGAUAAUUGUUGCUAUGAUUCGUGUUUUAAGUCUUGAGUUUGUAGAUAAUUGUCGCUGUGAUUCGUGUUUUAAGUCUGGAGUUUGGAGAUAAUUGUUGCUAUGAUUCGUUUUUUAAUUCUGGAGUUUGGAGAUAAUUGUUGCUAAGAUUCGUGUUGUAAGUCUGGAGUUUGUGGAGAUAAUUUUUGCGAUGAUUCGUGUCUUAAGUCUGGAGUUUGGAGAUAAUUGUUGCUGUGAUUCGUGUUUCAAGUCUGGAGUUUGGAGAUAAUUGUUGCUGUGAUUCGUGUUUUAAGUCUGGAGUUUGGAGAUAAUUGUCGCUAUGAUUCGUGGUUUCAGUCUGAAGUUUGGAGAUAAUUCCUGCGUUGAUUCGUGUUUUAAGUCUGGAGUUUGGAGAUAAUUGUUGCGAUGAUUCGUGUGUUAAGUCUGGAGUUUGUAGAUAAUUGUCGCUGUGAUUCGUGUUGUAAGUCUGGAGUUUGUAGAUAAUUGUUGUUGUGAUUCGUGGUUUAAGUCUGGAGUUUGUGGAUAAUUGUUGCUAUGAUUCGUGUUUUAAGUCUGGAGUUUGUGGAUAAUUGUUGCUAUGAUUCGUGUCUUAAGUCUGGAGUUUGGAGCCAGUUAGUAAGGUUUGUUACGUGCCAAUUCGUUACUCGUACAUCACUAGUGUGUAGUGUAUAGUGUAGUGUUUAGUAGUGUAGUGUAUAGUGUAGCGUAUAGUGUAGUGUAUGGUGUUUUGGAGAGCAAAGCCACAACAUUUACAAUCUGAGUACGACGUUUCGCCAGUAAUUACAACCAGCUUCAUCAGGCAGACAGCGCAUUUGUGGAGAAAUCCUCCUGUUUCGUCCCUUAAAUAGAGGGGUAGAUGUGAUGGUUGUUGUUGUUGGUUACUUCACUCAUUAUUACCCAGAGUAGGGGGGCGAUGCUGGCGAUGCUUUUGCUUUGAGAUCUUGGUCAAGUGAUUUGCAGGAUGAUUUGUCAGCAUUGGGGAUUUGGUAUUGCCCAGUGUCAGUUGCAGUGUGUGCGUGAGUUUACCUAUGGGAGGAAACCGGGGGAACAGGGGGAGAUCAUACAAACUCCACUCAGUAGAACAGGGGGAGAUCAUACAAACUCCACUCAGUAGAACAGGGGGAGAUCACACAAACUCCACUCACUCACUCUGUAGAACAGGGGGAGAUCACACAAACUCCACUCACUCACUCUGUAGAACAGGGGGAGAUCAUACAAACUCCACUCACUCUGUAGAACAGGGGGAGAUCACACAAACUCCACUCACUCACUCUUUAGAACAGGGGGAGAUCAUACAAACUCCACUCACUCACUCACUCUGUCGAACAGGGGGAGAUCAUACAAACUCCACUCACUCACUCUGUAGAACAGGGGGAGAUCAUACAAACUCCACUCACUCUGUAGAACAGGGGGAGAUCACACAAACUCCACUCACUCACUCUGUAGAACAGGGGGAGAUCAUACAAACUCCACUCACUCUGUAGAACAGGGGGAGAUCACACAAACUCCACUCACUCACUCACUCUGUAGAACAGGGGGAGAUCAUACAAACUCUACUCUCUCACUCUGCAGAACAGGGGGAAAUCAUACAAACUGCACUCUCUCACUCUGUAGAACACGGGGAGAUCAUACAAACUCCACUCUCUCACUCUGUAGAACACGGGGAGAUCAUACAAACUCCACUUACUCACUCUGCAGAACAGGCGGAGAUCAUACAAACUCCACUCAGUAGAACAGGGGGAGAUCAUACAAACUCCAAUCUCUCACUCUGUAGAACAGGGGGAGAUCAUACAAACUCCACUCUCUCACUCUGUAAAACAGGGGGAGAUCAUACAACCUCCACUCUCUCACUCUGCAGAACAGGCGGAGAUCAUACAAACUCCACUCUCUCACUCUGUAGAACAGGGGGAGAUCAUACAAACUCCACUCAGUAGAACAGGGAGAGAUCAUACAAACUCCACUCUCUCACUCUGUAGAACAGGGGGAGAUCAUACAACCUCCAUUCACUCACUCUGCAGAACAGGCGGAGAUCAUACAAACUCCACUCUCUCACUCUGUAGAACAGGGGGAGAUCAUACAAACUCCACUCAGUAGAACAGGGGGAUCAUAUAAACUCCAAUCUCUCACUCUGUAGAACAGGGGGAGAUCAUACACACUCCACUCUCUCACUCUGUAGAACAGGGGGAGAUCAUACAAACUCCACUCAGUAGAACAGGGGGAGAUCAUACAAACUCCACUCUCUCAUUCUGUAGAACAGGGGGAGAUCAUACAAACUCCACUCACUCGCUCUGUAGAACAUGGGGAGAUCACACAACCUCCACUAACUCACUCUGCAGAACAGGGGGAGAUCAUACACACUCCACUCACUCACUCUGUAGAACAGGGGGAGAUCAUACAAACUCUACUCUCUCACUCAGCAGAACAGGGGGAGAUCACACAACCUUCACUCACUCACUCUGCAGAACAGGCGGAGAUCAUACAACUCCACUCACUCACUCUGUAGAACAGGGAGAUCACACAAACUCCACUCACUCUGCAGAACAGGGGGAGAUCAUACAAACUCCACUCUAUAGAACAGGGGGAGAUCAUACAAACUCCACUCACUCUCUCUGUAGAACGGGGAGAUCACACAAACUCCACUCACUUACUCUGUAGAACAGGGGGAGAACAUACAAACUCAACUCACUCUCACUCUGGAGUACAAGAGGCGCCAUAAAUGUUAGGCGCAGGUGCAAGUGGCCUCUUGCGUUUUGGCCUCGCAGGCGAAUUUAGAGGGGCAGUGAGGGCAGGGAAGGGAGAGAUCCAAAGCUGUAGGUGAGCGGAGCUCCGAAUCGAUGGGAACCCCCAAGGCUUCGCACGCACCAUGGCCACCGCCAUCACCGCCGUCAUCACCGUCACGAAGUAGAUCUUGAUUGGAUCGGCUGUGGAUUGUGGGGUCAGCUGGCGAUGUUCAGCGUGCAGCUUGCCUCAAUUGCCCACUCCACUCUGUCCCGUCGCUCCCCCACGCCACGUGUGCCCCUCUGUGAGGGGUCACUCCGUUCCUCGGCCCCUUGCGCUGCCGCCUUGACAUCGGAAUCCCUCCGUGGGUUUGGCACCGUUGUGUGGCGGGGGAGGAGGGGGGGGUUCGGGCGCAAUUGAAAAGAAAAAAUGUAUAAAUCGUGACCUCCUCCCGCCCACUCCCUCACUUCUCGUGAUGAUCACAGGCGUAAGAUAAACUUGGCUCCUUCACCACCACCACCACUGGCGUCUUUGUCGUGUUGAAGAGGAAGGGGAGGUGGAGGAGGAGGCAGUCUCCGUUAUCAUCUCCCUCUAUCGUCUCUCUCCAUCGUCUCCCGUCCGGCGGCGUGGAGUUCCUGGAGACCGCAGGGGCCGUGAGAUGUCGCGCAAAGGGGACGCACGGAGCGGAGACGGAGAUACGGCUGGGGGUGAGGAGGUGGAGGAGAAGGAGGAGGCUGCUUCCUCUCUGCCCGUGGAGCCUUUCGUCGUUAAGCGAGAAGAAGAAGACGGCGACAAUGAAGAUGGUAGCGACGAGAACCCUUGGAGUGACGCGUGGCUCAAGGUGACAGUGAAGACGGAAGACUCCGAUGACCCGCUGGGAGCCGGCGUUCGGGUGAAGGAGGAGCUCCGAGGACAGGCGCCGGACACGGAGGGACUUGGAGGGGAGCGCCACGGCCUUCGUGUCGUCAAGGUGGACCUCCAGGCCGACGGAGGAGUCCUGAAGGGGCUCGCGGCGGCGGCUGACGGUGGCGGUGACUGUGGCGGUCGCGCCGAUGGUGGCGGAGGCGGCGAUGCUUCCGGGGCGAGGCGCGAAGGAGGAGAUUGCCGGGUCGCGUGUGCGGGAGACUGGAGGACGGCCCCGUCAGGCGUGGCGGAGAUCGAGGUGGAGGUGGAGGAGGAUGAUGGUGAAGGAGCAGCGGGGGCGGCGUGCGACGUCCCGAGGGGUCACCCGGCUGUCCUUCGUGUGGCCUCGGGGGAGGAGGAGGAGGCUUCCGACGCCUUUGUCAGCCAGCUUCGGACGAAGGAGCUUCCCGCUAGCGGGGGCUCCCGGCGCCACCUCCUCCUGCGGUCGCACGCAGAGACGCGCGAUGGCGGCAACCCCGCCCCGCCGCAAACCUCCCCGCCCGCCAAGACGGCCGGAGAGGCCCUGCCGCACGCCUGCCCCACGUGCGGCAAGGGCUUCGUCCGCGCGGCCCACCUCAGGAACCACGCGUGCGGCAAGGGCUUCAUCCAGUCGGUCCACCUCAAGGUCCACGAGCUGAGCCACACGGGCGAGAAGCCCAGCGCCUGCCGCCUGUGCGGCAAGGGCUUCAUCUGCCCGUCCAAGCUCAAGGUGCACAUGCGCACGCACACGGGCGAACGCCCCCACCGCUGCGACGUCUGCGGCGGCGGCUUCAUGCAGGCGUCGGUGCUGCGGGGCCACAUGCGCACGCACACGGGCGAGCGGCCGCAUCGCUGCGGCGUGUGCGGCUGUGGCUUCGCGCAGGCGUCGUACCUCAAGGUGCACGCGCGCACGCACACGGGGGAGCGGCCGCACGAGUGCCCCGUGUGCGGCAAGCGCUACGCCGACCCGUCGUACCUCAGGAGCCACGUUGCGAUGCACAACGGCGAGGACCCUCACCGGUGCCGCGUGUGCGCAAAGAGCUUCACGCACGCCAAGGUCCUCAAGCGUCACAUGGCGACGCACGCCGGUCGCUGA